UGCAGAGUCAAUGCUAGAGUUUCUUUGAACUUGAAGUGCAAAAAACUACAAGUUGAAUCUUGUUUGAAAUCCAAACUCAACCCUACUCACCUGGAAGUAGUUGAUACAUCUGGAGGAUGCGGUGCAAGUUUCGUAGUUGAUAUUGUAUCAGAAGAAUUUGAAGGCAAGAGGAUACUGGAGAGGCAUCGAAUGGUGAAUGCUGCGUUGGAGGAGGAAAUGAAAGAGAUUCACACUCUCUCUGUCAAGAAAGCUGUCACCCCAGAGCAGUGGAAACAGUUGCAACAAGACUGCAACCAAGCAAAUCCUGCUGCCUAGGAUCAUGUCUUUUCA